UAUGUAAUCACCGAGCUUAUAGUGUGUUCAAUAUGUCUAUCAGCUGAAACCACCUGACUUCAGAGAAUCAAGAGACGUAUCAAUGUUAUAUAUUGACAACUACCACAACCACUGAACCGAAUCCCAUUGGGUUACCGAGUCGUGCUAUUGAGUGUUUUGUUGUGAUUUCUUAGAAAAUGAUAAAUACAAUAGACUGUCACAGUAUAUUCUAUAGUAUAUUGUAUACAAGUAUAUUAUAUAGUAAAGACUAAAGAUAUAUACAAAUUACAGUAUAUUGUCAACUGUUUUUGUUUCCGUUAGUCUAAUUAAUUGAUCGUUUGCAAUUCUAAGUGAAAACAUUAACAAAUCAGUAUAUUAUAUUCAAUAAAACGGUCAUGCGAUAUGCAUCUAUCAUGUUUUGUGCAUUAAAUUGAAAAUUAAUUUUUCUUAACUGCGUGAAAAGUGUAUUAGUCGUCAAUCAUGGAUUCGUCCAUUUCUAUCAAAGUACACACAGCCGUUCAAGCGACUCCAUAUGAAAUACCUGUGACUAUAAAUACAACUGUAGAAGAUGUAGUUAUCGAGACAUCAAAGCUAUUAAACAUUGGUCCAGUCGCCAGACAUUUAUUCGGACUGAGAGUAUUAAGCAUUACAGAUGAUAAUCUAUGGUUAAGUCCUUCUCUGUUUAUAUUAUAUGCUAAAAAUGAACAUCAUGUUUAUGAAUAUAAAUUAAGAUAUAAAAUGCCUGAUGUAAAACGACUGAAAUCAACUGAUCGAUAUGCUUAUAAUUUCUAUUUUUAUCAAGUUAAAUCUGAUUUACUAAAAAGUAAAGUUACUGGAUUGUGUUAUGACACAUAUAAACGAGAACUUAUUGGCCUGGGCGUAGUUGAUAUGUAUAGAGCUAUUUUAGAAGAAAAUAAAUCUAGAGAAACUGUUGAACAAAACUACAAACAAUUUAUGCCUAAAGAAGUAGUAAAGCAACAUAUGUUUUUUUUGAAAAAACCUGUCCAAGAUACAUUAAAAAAAAUCAUAAGUAACAAUACAGUUGAUACUCACUAUGUAUCUGUUAUUAAAGAAAGUUAUUUGGAACAGUUUAAUUCUAUAGCUCCAGAUUAUUUAGAAGAGGAAUAUAAGGCUUUAUAUAAUGAAAAUGGUACUUCUGUGAAUGUUACAUUUAGAGUAAACCCAUUCCAUUCUAAAAUGCCUGGUGUACGAAUGUGUACUGAAAAUAGAAAAGAAUGGCUUCACUUGGCUGCUAUUGAAGACUUGUGUUUUCUAUCCACUACUGAUGAUGGUACUGUUGAAAUAUCUAGAAAAACUGGUAUACCUAUUCAUUUGAAAUUUCUAAACACAAGUACUAUGAUUUCAUUCAUAACAUUAUUGAAUGGCUAUUAUCGUUUAAUGGUAAAUUGGAAUUUUGACUUGUGUGCAUCCACCAAUACUCCUACAUUAAGUAAACUGAAAUCUAUUCGUUCUCAUGGACCCAUCAGCAUUAUGAAAUCUACAUCAAUUUUGAAAAAAAAAAUGUCAAAGAAACAUGGAAGUUUUAUACUACGACAAAGUAUGAAAAAUUAUGAUAACUAUGUAAUUGAUGUUUGUGUAAACCAGAGUAUGAAACCUAUGACGUAUGUAAUAGAAAGUAAGGGUGGACUUUACAAACUUGCUGGAGAUAACAGUAUAGAAUAUCCUUCAAUUUGGAGACUUAUUACUAACAAUAAAAUGUCAUUAAACUUUAUUGAAUGUAUUUUCCCAUCAGAUAUUGCUAUGAAUGAGUUGUUAUUAUGUCAAAACACUAGUAUUAAACAUAUUAGUAAUGAUGAUGAAGAAGAUAAAGUUAUUGGUCCCUAUUUAAUUAAUAGUGAUUCUAUCAAAUUAUUGAAAACUAUAUGUUCACCUAAAAAAAAAGUUCAAUCACUCAUGAAAGUUCGAGUAGCUACCUGGAGUAAAUCUAAAAGAAAUGAAUCCACUGUAGUUGUAAAAUUAUUCCAAGAUGAUGUUAACAUAAGCUUACACUUAAUGGAUAUGUUAAGUUUAUCAAAAAGAUGGAGUUCAGUUUCUUCAAGUGCUAUUGUUCGACUAUUUGGUCUUUGUGUUGAUACACCAACUGCUUUGGUCAGUGAAUACUUUGCAUUAGGACCUCUUGAUACUUUUUUGCGUAAUAAUAAAGAUAAAGUGUCAUUUAGUAAUUUAGUUGAAGCUGCAACACAUAUUGCAACAGCUUUAUGGGAUAUGGAAAUGGCAAGCUUAGUUCAUGGAAAAAUUCGAUGUCACAAAUUUGUUGUUGCUGAACAUACAAGAAAUUCAUUUGUUGUUAAACUUACUGAUCCUGGUAUUCAUAAAUGUUAUACUAGCCAUGAUUUAUAUUGGAUUCCAAUUGAAUUUUACAACAAUAUUGAACUUGCUCGCAAAUCUCCCCAAGCUGAUAUUUGGGCUUUUAGCUCAACGUUGUGGGAAUUAUUUAAUUAUGGCAUUGUAUUACCCGAAGUUCAAAAUGUUGAAAUGUUUAAAAAAAAAUUUGAAAAAAAUAUAAAAAUGCCAAAACCAGAUUGUUGUACAGAUGACAUCUAUCAGAUUAUGACUGAUUGUUGGGAUUGUGAUCCUUUCAUAAGAAAAAAACCACAAGCAACAUUAAGAGAUUUAAGACAAAUUUGGCUGCAAAUUUAUGCUAGUCCACAACAUGAAUAUACACCAUUAAAAAAAGAAGAAAUUUACAGUGAUGAUGUUACAUGCUCUGAUGCAACAAUAUACUGUACUUCUGAUUACACAAUUGAAACAUUUUUGGACACUGUAUCGAGUUCAUUUUCUGGAAGCGAAACCAAAUCAGAUUUUAUCGAUUUCAAUUCUAAUCCUGAUGAUGGAAGAAGUUAUCAAAAUGAAAAUCCUUUGCUUGCAACAAACACAAGUUUCAAUCAAUUCAUGGAGCAGCUUACAUCAAAAGAAGAAAUAAAAAGCAAUAUGCUAAGUGCUAUGAAUUGUCAAAAAAAAACUUACCAAUUCAAUAAUGCUACAUUGAGUUUACGGCAAGUUAUAGGACAGGGAUUCUAUGGUGUUGUUUUAGAAGGUUUGUUAGAAUAUAAUGACUAUAGAAAGAAAAAAGUAGCUGUCAAGCAUAUGAAAAGAUCAUUCCAAACUGAAGAUUUCCAAAGAGAAAUUGCAAUCAUAGAGGGAUUAAAUCAUCCAAAUAUAGUAAAAAUUGAAGGUGUUUUAGAAGAACCUAAUUUAAUGCUUGUUAUGGAAUACGUUGAAUUUGGUUCAUUAAGUAGUUACUUACGAUUACAUGAAGAUGAACUAAUGGAAAAAACUAAUAUAUUAUUAAAAUACUCUCUAGAUGUUGCUCAGGGAAUGGAAUAUUUAGGAAGUUUAAACAUAAUACAUCGUGAUUUAGCUACUAGAAACAUUUUGGUAGCAAACCCUACAAAUGUAAAAAUUUCAGAUUUUGGUCUCGCUCAGUUUUUACCUGAUGAAAAAUACUAUUAUUUACAAACUAUGAGAGAUUUACCAUUAAAAUGGCAUGCUCCGGAGGCUAUUUUGUAUGGAAAAUUUUCUCCUAAAACUGAUAUUUGGGCAUAUGGUGUAUUACUUUUUGAAAUUUUUUCUUUGGGUAAAGAACCUAAUGUAGUCUCCAAAUUAGAAGAAAGAUUAGAUGUUGAAAACUUAAUAAGGGUUUUGGAAGAAGGUCAUCGAUUACAAUGCCCAUCAUGUCCUCCAUGCACUAUAGACAUUUACAACAAACUUAUGAGACCUUGUUGGUCAUAUAUUGCCGGCGAUCGUCCAAAUUUCACACAUUUAAUUAAUAUCAUUCAAUCACUCAUGAAUGUGCAAACUGAUGAAAACUCUAUACAGGGCUAAUCGAAAAGACAAUCAACUUCUACAAAUGGUCCAAAUAUUUAUGACAUGUAAAUAAUCAAUUGAAGUGUUAUGGACUGCUUAUUUAUUUUAAUAUAUUAAACGCCAAUAACGAAGCAUAGUCUACAUUUAAUGUAGGUAACGUUCAGUUGAUGACGACUCAUGGCCAUCAUUACAUAUACAUCUAAAUUUGUCAUCUUAAAUAGUUAGCUGAUGGCAAACGACUAUGCAUCGUUAUCUGCAAUGUUUAACAUGUAAAAUAAGUACUGAAAAAAAAAUGAUAAAUAUUUGUAAACUAUAAUUAUAUUACAUUUGUAAGAACUUAAGAUUAAAAUAAUGAAACAAUGGCAUUUAAAAAAUCCACUAGUGGUCUAGUCAAAUGUUAAAAUGUUAUUGAUGAAGGUAAUAUUUCAAUCACAAUCAACAGCAGAUACCAAAUAUUGUAAAUAAAAUUAAUACUUUUUAAAAGUAAUUGAUUAUUUUAUAAGAAUUAUUUAUUUAUUUAAUUAUUUUGUGUUCGCUAGUUAUUCAAUUUAAGUAGUGUUUCAUUCUAAAUUGUUACUUAUUAACUAUUAUUUAUUACUUAUUAAUUCUUGGCAAUAAGACUGUAUUCA